AUGGGAUGCCCAAGAAUUUAUAACCCUGUGUGUGGCAGUAAUAAGAUAACAUAUGCCAAUGAAUGCCUGCUCUGUAUUGAAAAGGAGUAA